UACAAUUCUAAUAAACGAUAAUAUAACAUUUUUUAUUUUAGCGGACUAUACAAAAAUAAAACAUUUUUAUUUCAAAUUUAAUAAGUGUAAUAAUUAAUUAAUUUAAAUAAAUUUUAACUUUAAAAGUCAACCUAAUGAAUACUACCGAAUUAAUAGGAAUAUUUUUUAUCGGCGUAAUCCUUUUUAAUAUAUUGAGAUUACUAUACAUUCAGUUCUUAGCUCCAUACUUAUAUUAUAAUUAUGUUGAUAAUUUGUUUAAAGCUGGAAAAUGGGCAGUUGUUACUGGAUCAACAGACGGAAUUGGAAAAGCAUAUGCUGAACAACUGGCGAGUAAAGGAAUGGAUAUAGUCCUUAUCAGUAGAAGUAAAACUAAGUUAGAAAAUGUAUCUAGUUGUAUUAGAAAAAGGUAUAAUGUAUCUACGAAAAUAAUUCAAGUAGAUUUCACUGACAAAUAUCCGAAAAUAUAUAAUCUCAUUGAAAAAGAACUACAUGAAAUGGAUAUUGGCGUAUUGGUAAACAAUGUUGGAAUGGGUCCUCCUUAUCCUGAUUAUUUUUUAAAUUACGGCGAAAACCGUACAGUAUAUGAUGACAUUUUACAGUGUAAUAUUAUGUCUGUUACGAGAAUGUGUCAAAUCGUUUUACCUAAUAUGGUAAAAAAACAUUGUGGAAUAAUUAUUAAUGUAUCUUCAGCAUCGGCCGAUUUAAAUUGUCCCUUAUUGACUGUUUAUGGGGCAACCAAAGUAUUUAUUGAGAAAUUCAGUGUCGAUUUAGCUACUGAAUAUAAAAAAAGUGGUGUAAUCAUCCAAUGUAUAAAACCAGGUUUUGUAACCACCAACAUGAGUAGGAUCCGCAAAACAUCGUGGACUAUUCCAAAUUCAGAGUUUUAUGUCCAAUCUGCACUCCAAACUGUUGGAUUUCAAAGUGUAACCUCAGGAUAUAUCCCACACACUGUUUGGGUAAAAUGUAUUCAAAUUGCUCGAAAAAUCAGCCCUCAGUUUGUACAGAACAAAACUAUGGAAACUAUGCUUGAAAGUCGUUUUAGAAUACUGAAUAAACAAAACAGAUUUAAGAAAAAUAAAUGAUACAAUAUUUAUAUUGUAGUAUAAUUAAUUAAUAAGAAGAAUAAUAAUGAUAAAAAAAAUAUAAAUCUAUUAUAUAUAUAUUAUAUACUCUUAGAUAUACAUUUCUAUAAUAUGAUAUUUUAAUAAAUGAAUCUUAAUGAUAACUAUAUUUAAUCAACUAUAUUUAAUAUUCCGAUUUUCCAAUUUUAUGUUUUGUACUGUCAAAUGGGCCAAUUUGGGGUUUGGUAAACAUGGGAUAGGUAAAUAUCUUUUAACAAAAAAAGUGAUAAAAAUCGAAAGCAUUAGUAAAAUAUAUACAAGUAUUGUUAAAAAAUAUAAAAAUAUUUGUUCAAAAAUAAAAGUGAUGAAAUUUGUAAAAUUUUUAAUUGAUCUAGUCAACUCAUUUGACAAUAUAAAGAAUGUUCAAUAAGUAAGGAAACAGGUCAAUUAUUACAAACGAGAACAAUAGAAACCCGUUUCCUUA